ACGCCAACACCACAAUAUCCAUCAUGAGCAGUAAAAUGAAUAUAGAUCAAACGGGGUCAGGCACCAUUGAUGAGGGAUUAUACUCCCGACAACUAUAUGUUUUGGGUCACGAGGCCAUGAAGCAAAUGAGUCAAUCAGAUGUUUUAAUUAUCGGAUGCAAAGGUCUCGGUGUUGAAAUUGCUAAAAAUGUUUGCCUUGCUGGUGUCAAGAGUGUUACGUUAUACGAUCCUCAACCAACUCAUAUCGAGGAUUUGUCUUCACAGUACUUUUUGACCGAAGACGACCUGGGCGUUGCACGUGCUGAAGUCAGUGUACCAAAAUUGGCUGAACUUAAUCAAUAUGUUCCCGUUUCUUCGACUCCACAAUUGUCAAUUCAAGAUUUAAAAAAAUAUAAGUGUGUUGUUGUCACUGAGACUUCUCUCAGCAAACAAUUGGAAAUUAAUGACUUUACUCAUGAAAACGGAAUUGCCUUUAUCUCCGCAGAUAGUCGCGGUUUAUUUGGUUCUGUGUUUUGCGAUUUCGGACCCGAAUUUAUUUGCACUGAUGUUGAUGGAAACGAACCCUUGACUGGAAUGAUUGCUAAUAUUACCGACGAUGGCACUGUUACGAUGCUUGAAGAAACUCGCCACGGCUUAGAAGAUGGUGACUAUGUGAAGUUUGCUGAAGUUAAGGGUGUGCCUGCUUUGAACAACGGCCAGCCUCACAAGGUAGAAGUUAAGGGUCCUUAUACCUUUUCUAUAGGAUCUAUAGACGUUCUUGGUGGUUCCGCUGCCACUGGUGGCAUUUUUACUCAAGUCAAAAUGCCUCAAAAGCUCGCCUUCAAAUCCCUUCGUGAGUCUUUAAAGGAGCCUGACUAUGUAUUUCCUGAUUUUGGAAAGAUGUUGCGUCCUCCUCAAUAUCAUGUAGCCUUCCAAGCGCUUUCUGCUUUUGCUGAUACACAUAACGGCGCCUUACCUCGUCCCAGAAACGAUGCUGAUGCUGGCGAAUUCCUUCAACUUGCGAAGAAGAUCGGUACUUCUUUUGAUUCUCAGUUGGAGUUGGACGAAAAACUUCUUAAAGAGGUUUCUUAUCAAGCUAAAGGUGACCUUGUUUCCAUGUGUGCUUUCCUUGGUGGUAUCGUUGCUCAAGAAGUUUUGAAGUCUACCACUAGCAAAUUCUUCCCCUUUAAGCAAUUUUUCUACUUCGAUUCCCUCGAGAGUCUUCCAACCUCUGUGGAACUUAGCGAAGAAUCCUGCAAGCCUCGAGGCACUCGUUACGAUGGCCAAAUUGCAGUUUUUGGUGCCGAGUUCCAACAAAGACUGAGCUCCUUAAACCAAUUUUUAGUUGGUGCUGGUGCCAUCGGUUGUGAGAUGUUGAAGAACUGGUCUAUGAUGGGUGUUGCCACGGGAGAACAUGGUCAUAUUCAUGUUACCGAUAUGGAUUCGAUUGAAAAAUCCAACUUGAACCGUCAAUUCCUAUUCAGACCCCGUGACGUGGGUAAAUUGAAGGCUGAAUCUGCCGCUAAUGCUGUAGCCAUCAUGAAUCCUUCACUAACUGGAAAAAUUACCUCUUAUCAAGAACGCGUUGGACCCGAGAGUGAAGGCAUUUUCGGAGACGAGUUCUUUGGUAACCUUUCUAUGGUGACUAAUGCUUUGGAUAAUGUUGAAGCUCGUUUGUACGUCGAUCGCCGCUGUGUUUUCUUUGAAAAACCAUUGUUAGAGUCUGGUACUUUAGGUACAAAGGGUAACACUCAGGUGGUUGUUCCUCACCUUACCGAAUCGUAUGGAUCAUCCCAAGACCCUCCUGAGAAAUCUUUCCCUAUCUGCACUCUUAAAAACUUCCCUAACCGUAUUGAGCAUACAAUUGCUUGGGCACGUGAUUUGUUCGAGGGAUUAUUUAAGCAACCUGUUGACAACGUAAACUUGUAUCUCAGCUCGCCCAACUUCUUGGAAACAACUUUGAAAACCAGCAGUAAUCCUCGUGAAGUGUUAGAGAAUAUUCGUGAUUAUCUUGUCACUGAUAAGCCUCUUUCUUUUGAGGAAUGUAUUAUUUGGGCUCGUAAUCAAUUCGAAAAGUUUUUUAACCAUAAUAUUCAACAAUUACUUUUCAACUUUCCCAAGGAUUCUGUUACCUCCAAUGGUCAACCUUUCUGGAGCGGUCCCAAGCGCGCUCCUUCUCCUUUAACAUUCGAUAUCAACAAUCGUGCUCACUUUGAUUUCAUCGUUGCUGCUGCCAGUAUCUAUGCUUUCAAUUAUGGUUUGAAGGAGGAAACUGAUCCUGCUCUUUACGAACGGGUUCUUUCCAGCUUUAAGCCUGCUGAAUAUACUCCCAAGAGUGGUGUCAAGAUUCAAGUCAAUGACUCUGACGAAGCACCAGAAGCAGCUGCUAACUCUGACAAGCAAGAGCUUAAAUCUAUUGCUGAUAGCUUACCUCCUCCAUCUUCUUUGGCCGGCUUUAGAUUGACACCUGCAGACUUUGAAAAGGAUGAUGACACCAACCAUCACAUUGACUUCAUUACAGCUGCUUCUAACCUUCGAGCUCUGAAUUAUGAGAUUACGACCGCCGAUCGUUUUAAGACCAAAUUCGUCGCUGGCAAGAUUGUGCCUGCUAUGUGUACUUCUACCGCAGUUGUUUCUGGUUUGGUUUGCUUAGAAUUAGUCAAGUUGGUAGAUGGCAAGAAGAAAUUGGAAGACUAUAAAAACGGAUUCUUUAACCUUGCUAUUGGGCUUUUCACAUUCUCAGACCCUAUUGGAUCUCCCAAGAUGAAGUUCAACGAAAAGGAGGUUGACAAAAUUUGGGACCGGUUUACUCUUCCCAACUUCACCUUGCAAAAUCUUAUAGACCACUUUUCCGAAAAGGAGGGCUUGGAAGUCACUAUGCUUUCUUCUGGUGUUUCUUUGCUUUACGCUAAUUUUCAACCACCCAAGAAACUUGCAGAACGUCUACCCCUCAAGAUUUCUGAUUUGGUUGAACAAAUAUCGAAGAAGAAGUUGGAGCCUUUCAGAAAGCAUUUGAUCCUUGAAGUUUGUUGCGACGACAAAGAUGGUGAAGAUGUUGAAGUUCCUUUCAUUACAGUCAAAGUUUAAAGAGAAAAAGUAUUAAUGAUUUUUAAUGGUUUAAGAUUGUCUGCGCAAUAUGGAUUUAAUGGCUUGGUCUUUUCAUAGAUUCGAUAUAGCUAAAAAAUCUUUGUGUUUGUAUCUAUUUAUCUUGUUAAACUAAAUGAGCAUAUAUUUUCUCAUUGAUUGUGUAUAUGUAGUAUCAGU